AUGACAAUCACCUUCCCAAAAGAGUUCAUUGGUGCGGACAUGGACGUAUGUACCUUGGCGCUGGUGGUCCCAGAUGUCAAACCAGGAUUCUAUUCCCCAGUCCUGAUUGGGAUGACCACCCUGGAGCCUUUAUAUGAACAGCGCCUGGAGAGUGAAUGUGCCAGCUACAAACCAUCUCAGCACGGCUAUCGAGCAGUCAUCCUAUCACACUCCAUUCCCAAUAAUACACAACCAAAAGAAGUCAAGUUAGAGUUUGACUUUGGAGAGUCUCCAAUCCCUCCAGAGUGGAAAGCCAGAAUUAUCUCCAAGCUUGAACAGAUCCCUGAAGUUUUCUCCCACCAUGACCUGGAUUUUGGACGCACCGACUGUGUCAGACACCACAUCCGCCUCCAUGACGAGACUCCCUUCAAACACAGAGCUCGUCCCGUCCACCCUCGCAACAUCGAGGCAGUCCGUGACCAUCUGUGGGACCUGUUGGAGGCAGGAGUGAUACGAGAGUCAAAGUCCCCGUUUUCAUCAUCAGUCGUGGUAGUUCGAAAAAAGAACGGAGACAUGAGGCUGUGUAUCAACUACCGGAAGCUCAACCUCCACACCAUCAAGGAUGCUUACGAACUCCCAAAUCUGGAAGAGUCGUUCUCAGCUCUCACUGGUUCACGUUGGUUCAGCGUCCUCGAUCUGAAAUCAGGAUACUACCAAAUCGAAAUGGCAGAGGCUGACAAACCGAAGACUGCAUCCUUCUCCUCCUCCUCUGACCUGCAGGUGAUCCACUGGAACUCUCCAAAGAAACUGCGCGUGAAGAACAAACACGUGGAGUUCUUCAGGAACCUGUACCUGACCUUUCUGGAAUACGAUGGAAACCUGCUGCGGAGGGAACUGUUCGGCUGCCCCAGCGAGCCGGACCUCAACACGGAACGGCUCCAGAAGACCCUCUCGGAGCUGGACGAGGACGACCCGUGUUACGAGUUCAGACGUGAGCGGUUCACGGUUCACCGGACUCACCUGUACUUCCUGCACUACGACUACACGCCCCCGAGCGACGGAACCGACGUGACGCUGGUCGCUCAGCUCUCCAUGGACCGGCUGCAGAUGCUGGAGGCGAUCUGUAAGCACUGGGAGGGUCCGGUGAGCCUGGCGCUGUACCUGUCGGACGCCGAGGCGCAGCAGUUCCUCCGUUACGCUCAGGGCUCCGAGGUCCUGAUGAGCCGCGCUAACGUGGGGUACCACAUCGUCUACAAGGAGGGACAGUUCUACCCCGUGAACCUCCUGAGGAACGUCGCCAUGAGACACGUCCACACGCCCUACGUGUUCCUCAGCGACAUCGACUUCCUGCCCAUGUACGGCCUCUACGAGUCGCUCAGACGUUCCGUGGUGCAGUUGGACGUGUCUCACUCUAAAAAGGCUCUGGUGGUUCCUGCGUUUGAGACGCUCAGAUACAGAUUGUCCUUCCCCAAGUCCAAGGCCGAGCUCCUGUCCCAGCUGGACAUGGGGACACUCUUCACCUUCAGGUAUCAUGUGUGGACCAAAGGCCACGCCCCCACAAACUUCGCCAAGUGGCGGACGUCGACGACGCCGUACCGCGUCCAGUGGGAGCCCGACUUCGAGCCGUACGUGAUGGUCUCCAGCUCCAGCCCCGAGUACGACGACCGGCGCUUUGUGGGCUUCGGCUGGAACAAGGUCUCCCACAUCAUGGAGCUGGACGCGCAGGAGUACGAGUUCGUGGUUCUUCCAAACGCCUUCAUGAUCCACAUGCCUCACGCUCCGAGUUUCGACAUCACCAAGUUCCGCUCGAACAAACUUUACCGCUCGUGUUUACAGACGCUGAAGGAGGAGUUCCAGCAGAACAUGUCGCGCCGCUUUGGAUUCGCCGCACUCAAGUACAUGACGGCGGACAACAACAGUUAACGAUGCCGCGAUCGAGGACAUGACGGCGGACGACGACAGUUAA